UGCGUGCUGAGACCUAUGGGGCGGGAUUUUCUGAAAGACAGGAGGGGGAGGAGGAAGCGUACAGUUUUCAGCUGUGGGGAAGGCGUAAGUAAUGAUCAGGAACUGCAUGCUGCCUGUGUUAGGAAAAGCGUGACUGCUGAGUACUGUGCAUUUACUUGGAUUAGAGGGUGACUCUUUAACCUCACCAAUCCCAAUACGGCUCUUCCGGGACGAAAACUGUGAAAGAAAUAGCAAAACAGAAAUCUGUGUAGAGUAAAGAGCACGCAGAUGACUUUUUAAGAAGACAUCCGUCUGCUGAUUUACGUUUUGUAACACCAAAGCUGCAGCCAUGAAGAUUGCAGUGGAAGGGUGCUGCCACGGUGAGCUGGAUAAAAUCUAUGAAACAAUCCAGUUCCUUGAGAAGAAAGAGAACACGAAAGUAGACCUGCUGCUGUGCUGUGGUGAUUUUCAAGCUGUGAGAAAUGAGGGGGACAUGAAAUGUAUGGCUGUACCAAUGAAAUAUCGACAAAUGCAGACUUUUUACAAAUAUUACUCUGGUGAGAAAAAGGCCCCUAUUCUAACAAUCUUUAUUGGAGGAAACCAUGAGGCAUCAAACUACCUCCAAGAGCUACCUUAUGGAGGCUGGGUUGCACCAAAUAUUUACUACAUGGGCUAUGCAGGGGUGGUAAAAUAUCGUGGAGUAAGAAUUGGAGGAAUAUCUGGAAUAUUUAAGUCUCAUGACUAUCGAAAAGGUCAUUUUGAGCGACCACCUUACAGUAAGGACACUGUAAGAAGCGCCUACCAUGUGAGGAGCAUAGAGGUCUUUAAGUUGAAGCAGCUGAAAGAACCCAUGGACAUUUUUCUGUCGCACGACUGGCCGCGAAGCAUCUAUCACUAUGGUAACAAAAAACAGCUUCUAAAGAAGAAGGAUUUCUUCCGGCAGGAAGUAGAGGACAACACUCUGGGAAGUCCAGCAGCUUCAGAACUUCUGUUACACAUCCAGCCAUCGUACUGGUUUUCUGCCCACCUGCACGUGAAGUUUGCUGCUUUCAUGCAACAUCAGAAUAAUGUAGGAGAAAUACCCAAAGCCACAAAGUUUUUAGCAUUGGAUAAAUGCCUGCCACACCGAGAAUUUUUGCAGAUUGUAGACAUGGAACAUGAUCCUAGUAAGCCUGAGUGCCUGGAGUAUGACCUUGAAUGGUUAGCUGUCCUUAAAGCUACCAAAGAUCUUCUAAACAUAACUUCAAAGACAUGGAACAUGCCAGAGAAUAAUGGUCUCCAUGCCAGGUGGGAUUUUAGCAUGUCUGAGGAAACUAAGAGAGAAGUUUUGGAUGAUCUAGGACAUGACAUCAAGAUCCCUUGCAAUUUCAGUGUGACGACAGCAUGCUAUGACCCCAACAAUCCACAGUACAAGAGGAUGCCUACCCACAUUGUAAAUCCACAAACAACAGAAUUCUGUGCCAGACUGGGACUUGUUGACCUGAAUGUCAAAGUUCGCCAGCACGAGGAAGAGAAAGAAGACUUUGAUAUGACAGAGGAUAACGAAGCAGACAGUAUUGGGUCUGCAGAAGACCCCGGUGAAUACAGCACAGACACUUCGAUUCUCUCAACUUCUGUCAAUCCUGAUGAAAUUACAUUGGAAGAUGAUGACGAACAAGAGGAUGAAGGUAUUGCAGAAAAGUUAGGUGAACCGUCUCCUGAGUAUACCCCUGAUCUCUCAGUAAACUUUUCCAACAUUCGGGUCCUGCCUGAUUCUAUGGCUGUGUCUUCGGAUGAUGCUACAGAUUCCACUAACGAUGAGCUUGAUCGUUCUGAGAGCAGCCAGACUGAGGGAGAGGGGAAACAGUCCAACAGGCCAUUGAAGAGGAUGAGCAAUGAGAAUGGGAGUGGUGGAGUGAAGAUUAAAAGGCGAAAUCAAGCCAUCUACCAGGCUAAAGAUGAUGAAGAUGAGUAAAAGAAGCAAGAUUGAUUUCCUGUUUUCUUUAAUAAUCAUUCAUUUUCUGUCACUCUGUAAGUCAUUUGCUGACAGCAUUGUGUUUAUACAGAGCUAAAGAUUAAUUGUUAUUGGUUUAUGGGCAAAAGGUGAAUUUUUACACUUUUGUGCCUGUUUUACAUUUAUUUUUAACAGUUGCUACAUUUAGCGGCAAUGGGAGUUUUAGAGCUCACCCACUUUAUAUUCAUUCCUAUGGGAUUUUUAGAAGUGUAUUUAUCAAAUGUUGAGCUUUCACCUAUUGAUCAAUAUGAUUUUAAAAAUCCCAUAGGAAUGAGUAGAAAGUUGUUGAAUUUUCUGCGGUGAGCUUGAAUCUCGCAUAUUGAUAAAACUGCCCCUUAAAGUGGCAUCAAUAUGAUUUCCUGUGGUUUUAUAUUUUAAUUUGUCUCUGCCCAUGUUAUUUCUUCCUGUACAGUGCUGUGCAUUAGCAGCUUCUGAUAAUUUAAAAAUGUGUUUUUAUUUUGCUUUAUUUUAAUUCACUAUUUCUAAAUGCACAUGCAGUGUUAGUAUAAGGAAAUCAUGUGAAAUAAACAGGAACUGUUUUAGCAAA